GAUGACGUAGACCUCAUGUGACCAGGAGUCGACGUGUGCAGAAGUCCUGCUAGUCUGGUCCUUGUUCCCGUCUGGGUACCAGCUUCCUUCAGCAGCGGUAGCCGGUGGGGCCAACGGUGGGGAAGGAGAAGGAGUCUACUGGCUGAAAUUUUUCAGGUCUGCUAUUCUGAAAAGGCCAGGAAGAAAAGUGAUCGCAUCCGUACAGGAAGAUGAGGGAAAUAUUAUAAAGACCCCUGGGGUGGAGAAGUAGUUGUUUUCAAAGAAAAAUAAGUAGAAGAAAAGAAAGGAAGAGGGAAAGAAAGGGAGGCACAAGAUGAAACCCUGUCAAAAAACUGAAGAAAAACAAGAAAAUGAGAAUGAACCAGAACUUGAAGAAGUACCAAAGCCUGAGGAAAAGCAAGAGGAGGAGGAAAAAACAGAAGGAACUUUUAGAGAAAGACUGAUUCAGUCUCUCCAGGAAUUUAAAGAAGAUAUACACAACAGGCAUUUAAGCAAAGAAGAUAUGUUUAGAAAUGUGAAUGAAAUUGAUGAGAUAAGGAGAGUCAGAAACAAACUUAUAGUGAUGCGUUGGAAGGUUAAUCGAAACCAUCCUUACCCCUAUUUAAUGUAGUUUACCUUGAUUUCUUUUUUUUUCUGAUGUUGACAUUACUUUCUUUUUUGUUGUCCUGUAUAUCUCUAUCUUUCUGCUUUUAACUUGUUGCUAUUAGUGGUUUUAGAUGCAUCUCAUUGUUUAUUUCAAACCAAUCUACAAGUCUUUGCCUUACAAUAGGAGAGCUUUACUCAUUUAUACAAAAAGAUUCCUAACAGGAUAUAAAAUAUAAAAAAGUUACUAAGUAAUAUGUGAACAUCAUAGUUUGUAUAUUCCAUAUAUACACAGAAGAAUAUGUGAAGGAUGAAAGACAAAAAAUAUAAUCUGUGGUAGGAUUAUGAGUGA